CAGCCCACCACGAUCCAUCUCAUCGUCGUGCUCGCCGACACGGCCACACGGGGCGUCGCCAUCCUGUCGCCUCUGCUCCUCCUCCUCCUGCUCCAUCUCCUCCUCCAUAUCCCACUCGCCAAUCUCGAUUCCCUCCUCCGCUCUACCUCGCCGGAGUUCACCCUGUGUGGGACUGGGAGCGGCGGCGGCGUCGGAGGCAAUGGACGCUUCGUCGGUGGCGCUCUACGGCCAGCUCAAGGCUGCUCAACCAUUCUUCUUGUUAGCUGGGCCUAAUGUGAUUGAAUCAGAGGAGCAUGUCCUGAAGAUGGCAAAACACAUCAAAGGCAUCACAACCAAGCUUGGUCUGCCACUUGUGUUCAAGUCCAGCUUUGAUAAAGCAAAUCGUACAUCAUCAAAAUCCUUCCGUGGUCCUGGUCUGGAGGAAGGCCUGAAGAUACUUGAAAAAGUGAAAGCAACAUAUGACAUUCCAGUGGUCACUGAUGUGCAUGAAAGCCACCAGUGUGAAGCCGUUGGAAGAGUGGCCGACAUCAUACAAAUUCCAGCUUUCCUCUGUCGCCAGACUGAUCUUCUAGUGGCUGCUGCCAAGACUGGAAAAAUUAUCAACAUCAAGAAAGGACAAUUCUGUGCUCCUUCUGUUAUGGCCAACUCUGCAGAGAAAAUCAGACUUGCUGGAAAUCAAAAUGUUAUGGUCUGUGAGCGUGGCACCAUGUUUGGCUACAAUGAUCUAAUUGUUGAUCCAAGGAAUUUUGAGUGGCUGAGAGAAGCUAAUUGUCCAGUUGUAGCUGAUGUAACGCAUGCUCUACAACAGCCUGCUGGAAAAAAGCUUGAUGGUGGAGGUGUUGCAAGUGGGGGCUUACGAGAACUAAUACCAUGCAUCGCAAGGACUUCUGUUGCUGUCGGAGUUGAUGGUAUUUUCAUGGAGGUACAUGAUGAUCCCUUGAACGCACCUUGUGAUGGCCCAACUCAAUGGCCACUGCGCAAUUUGGAGGAGCUAUUAGAGGAGCUGAUUGCAAUUGCUCGAGUCACCAAGGGAAAGAAGCCACUCAAGAUCGAUCUCACCCCCUUCAAAGAAUAAUCUGGUCCAGUUGGUAGGAAAUAAUGGGCACACUUGCUUGGUUGAUAGUUUUGACCAGCAUAUAUUUACCUGUUUGGAUGAAUUGCUCGUUGUAUGUCAUACAUUCGUUUAUCGGUGACUGUUGUCUGUAUUGUACUGCCUAUACAAUAAAGAUCAUUGUUUUACCCAAAA